CCCCCCCCCCCCCCCCCCCCCCCAGUUAAUUUGUCCAUGUCCCUUACUUCAAUUCCUUUAAUUUGUAUAUUAUCGGGAGAAAAUGAAGUCAUCCUUGCUCUGUCUAGCAAAAGACCUUAGGAGUUGUAAACAAGUUCAGCAGACAUGCAGGGAGAAAACUGAAAGAUUGUAACUAUUCAUACCAGACAGACCCUCUCAACAUGCUAAGGAGUUGUCUAGCUUGUACACCUAGCAUGGGUGUGAGCAAACGCUAUAAAGACUACUGGCAAGCCCUGCCGAACCAUGAGGUGGCUUUAAGGACGGUUACUGGCAAGGAGCCAUGGGUUCAUGUGUGACAAAGGAGCAGAAGGCUGUUUGCGAAAUGGUGGCAGAUUCCAUCAACUAUGUAUGGAACCCAGUUUAUGUUGUCCCAACCAGGAACAGACAGGGGAGAUGACCUCCACAAAAGGAGGUGAGCGCCAACAUCGAGCUGCAUCUCGCGCAGGAUUGGUUCCAUGGCAAGCUGGGAGCAGGGCACGGUGGGCGGCACGUCGCUGAGCGGCUGCUAACGGAGUACUGCACCAAGAUGGGGGCACCUGAUGGCUCCUUCCUGGUCAGGGAGAGUGAGACAUUCGUUGGAGACUAUGUUCUGUCCAUCUGGUGUGAUGAAAAAGUGCAGCAUUUCCGCAUCCAUUGGCGGCAGGACACCAACAUCCACAGGUUCUUUUUAACUGACAACAUGGUAUUUGACAGCCUCUACGACCUCAUCACCCACUACAGAGAGACGCCGAUGAGGUACAGUGGACUUGAGAUGAGGCUGACAGAGCUGGUGCCUCGGUCCAACACUCGCAGACUGGGUGCCACGGGAUGGCACAAGAGGGACAAGCCCAGCUCCAGCACCAUCUACUUCAGGGCAGGAUGGAAGAUCCAGCACUGCCGCACGCAUUGGCAAGAGGGUCACGUUUAAUAAGGCACUUGACCAAGUGCAUAUUGUUCAAGUUCAUUACACACAAUAAAAGUUCUUGUUCUGCACUAACAA